UCCAACAAGCAAAACAAAGAAGAAGAAGUGCCUCGUUAACGUCGAGUCUUUAAACGGUGGAUAAAUGGCUGUUUUAUGAUUAUAACAUAUUUUGCGAAAACAUGAUAGGAACACAUUUUAUCACGAAAUCUCUACUGAUGAGGCGAUUUCAAACAAGUGCAGAAUUAAGUUGAGCUGACUGUUAAGCGAUGCUAGUUAGCUAGCCAGCUAGCCGCAGCUGUUUCGGUCCACGCUAUGAGCGAAGAGGACGCGCCUGCUGCUCCGACCAGCAAAGACAAAGAUUCGACCCUCCUGCUGACGAAGGACGGACACAGGUACUUUGUGAACAGGAGUGGAGCUGUGGACAGUAGGAACGUGGUCACCCCGCAUGAAUCGGACAAUAACGUGUCCUCCUACGAUAUGGACGAGCCGGAUGAGGAGAGCGACGUCCUGGACACUUCUGAUCCCAGAGACAGCGCUGCGAGUCCGGAGGAGCUCAACGACGAGGAGGCCUGCGAGGGCGACAACGCGCCCAAACAGUGCACGUACGAGGGCUGCACGGAGACCACGACACAGGUGGCCAAGCAGAGGAAGCCGUGGAUGUGCAAGAAACACCGCAACAAGAUGUACAAGGACAAGUACAAGAAGAAGAAGAACGAUCAGGCCAUGUCCAGUGGAAAACUCGAAGAGAAUUCAGAAGAGCGGCCCGUUUCUGUGAACAAGCAACGUCUAGGUGCUAUGGGAGACCGGCCGGCCAGACCGUCCCUCAUAGAGCAGGUCUUGAACCAGAAGAGGCUGUCAUUGCUCAGGAGUCCAGAGGUCAUCAGCUUCCUUCAGCAGCAGCAGCAGCACCUCCUCGCCACACAGAGCCGCAGCCAGUCGCAGCAGCACUUCCAGGGCUGCUGACAGCAGCCAGUCACUUCUUUUUUUUUUUUUUUCCUUUUAUUAUGAACAUGUGGUGACAUUCAGCUGCGAUCCAUCUGACUGUUCUGUGUAAUUCUGCCAGCUGGUCAACCAUGCAAAAAACAAAAACUGUAACACUGGAUAAUUUGGGAUGUUUAAAAAGUCCUAAAUUGCUGAAGUUUUGCAUUUCUGUAGCAGACUGUGCAUCUCAUAAAACUGGACAGCACUAUUUAAGAUGUAAUGUUACAUAAAUAUUAGCCUGUUUUUCUUUUCUGUUUAUUUUUUUUAACUUCUCAUCUGUUUUCGAGGGGGGAAAAAAGAAAGCCAAUUCUGCUCUUUCUGCCAGAGGUUUACAGUGCAUUGUGACAAUUUGAUAAUUUUUUCCAGUAACUGUCACCAUGACAACAUUGGAUUAUAAAGAACCAGUUCUGUCAGUCCACUCAAAACUCUUCAGAUGUUGUAGCCUGUUUUCCC